AUCACGUGUGACGUCCUACAUUUUGACUUUUUUUGUCGACCUUACAAAUAGUCUAAACAUUUCCUCCGUUGUGUCAGAGCUUGUGUUAAUCAUGGUUAUUAGAUAUUUCUACGAUUUGAUGUCCCAGCCAUCGAGAGCAGUUUACAUUUUUCUGAAAAUUAACAAAAUUCCAUUCGAACCAAAAGCAGUUGCUCUAAGAAAAGGAGAGCAUUAUUCGGACGAAUACAAGAAAGUUAACCCUUUCAGCUUAGUGCCUGUUCUCGAUGAUAAUGGAUUUAUUUUAACAGAAAGUGUUGCCAUUUUGAAAUAUUUGGUAGCAAAGUAUAACUUACCAGAGCACUGGUAUCCUAGAACGAACUUACAAGCCCAAGCAAGAGUAGACGAAUAUAUGAACUGGCAACAUUGGAAUACCAGGCUGAAGUCAGCAUAUCUCUUCAGGAAUCUGUUGAUUGAACCAAAAGCUUUGAGUAGACCAGUUGAUUGGGAUAAAGUAGAACAAUUUAGAACAGAAGUAAGGAAAACUGUAAAAUUCUUAGAAAAUGUUUGGCUGAAAGAUCAACCUUUCCUUUGCGGACAAGAAAUUUCUGUAGCUGAUAUCCUUGGAAUCUGUGAAUUAAUACAGCUGUAUGCUGUCAAUGAAGAGUAUUUGUAUGAAGAGAAUUCUGUAGUCAAAGCAUGGAUGGAUCGAGUUAAAGAGAGGCUACAGCCUCACUUUGACGAAGCUCACAAACUGACAUACAGGACACGUGAAAUGUACCCAAUGAUCAAAGAGCAACUAGCCAAACUGUAUGUUGCCAUUUUGAAAUAUUUGGUUGCAAAGAAUAACUUACCAGAGCACUGGUAUCCUAGAACGAACUUACAAGCCCAAGCAAGAGUAGACGAGUAUAUGAACUGGCAACAUUGGAAUACCAGGCUGAAGUCAGCAUAUCUCUUCGGGAAUCUGUUGAUUGAACCAAAAGCUUUGAGUAGACCAGUUGAUUGGGAUAAAGUAGAACAAUUUAGAACAGAAGUAAGGAAAACUGUAAAAUUCUUAGAAAAUGUUUGGCUGAAAGAUCAACCUUUCCUUUGCGGACAAGAAAUUUCUGUAGCUGAUAUCCUUGGAAUCUGUGAAUUAAUACAGCUGUAUGCUGUCAAUGAAGAGUAUUUGUAUGAAGAGAAUUCUGUAGUCAAAGCAUGGAUGGAUCGAGUCAAGGAGAGGCUACAGCCUCACUUUGACGAAGCUCACAAACUGACAUACAGGACACGUGAAAUGUACCCAAUGAUCAAAGAGCAACUAGCCAAACUGUAACUUUUGUACUGAGCAUGGUACGGUCUUCCAUUCGUUCUUUUGUAUAAUAGUAUAUUUGGUGCAUGAAGAUUUUAUUAAAUAAAAAGACUUGUUUUAUUGAA